AGUACAUGUAUGUUUUUCAUCAGCUUUAUGGAACCGGCAAGGCCCGAUGACAUACCACACAGGACACAGCAGCAAUACUACCGAUAUUUGCAACACUCACGUUUGCCACACUCCGCUACCGCCUAGCUAGCUAGCGAUGAUCAGAUUGCCACCGGCAACAUACCUCGACCAUGCUACUUUGGUGCUCUAUUCAAGCAGUAUGUAGGAUAUUUCUUUUUCUGUUCUCAGCGGGUUCAGCCUCUGCAUGGUCUCCACUAUUCCUCUCAGCAUCAUCAGAUUCUUCAUCCCAAUCAUCCGCUGCUCCGAGCAUCCUGCUACAAGUAGACCUUGCAAAGGAGCUGACUAGUGGCACGACAACGUUGCCGCCCAUGGUCUCCGUCCCUUGUUCUGUCCUUGGCAACAACAACGACGACGACAAAGGCGCAUUAUCAUGUCUACGAGAGUUGAUCCAGCCUCCGAAUGUGGAGACUCUGUAUGAUUGGUAUGUGAAUGUCCAACAGAAACCAGAUGCCGACCCCAGCUGGGCUGUCGUAUGGCCAACUGCCGUGACACUCGCCAACUAUCUAUUGGCAAAUCCUUCUGUCGUUCAAGGAAAACAAGUCAUUGAGCUGGGUUGUGGCUUGGGCCUGGCAGGAUUGACAGCGGCAAGUAGUAGCGCACAGCAAGUUCUGCUCACGGAUCGAGAGCCAUUUGCGCUUCACUGUGCCAUGUCCACGGCAGCCGUACACGACCUUCAGGUGGUCCAGGCAGCUAUCUUGGACUGGAACGACGAGAAUAUAUCCGCCGACAUUGUGGAAUCAGCCGAUAUCAUUCUCGCCAGUGAUGUCUUGUACGAUAACGAUUGCAUCGAGGCGUUUGUCGGCAUUUGUACCAAAAUUGCAGCUCCAACCGGUGCACAGGUACUUCUCACCGACCCAGUGGAACCGAGAACGCCGGGGGCACGAGACAUGUUGCGCAAGUCUUUGCUUCGGAGGAAGAGCAAUGUACAAAUUGAGGAAAUUGAACUCCCUGUGCCUCAACCAAUGGGAGGGGCGAGCAGCAUGGACGCCAAAGACCAUCAACGUCGAAUGCAGGAACCAACAGUGUUGCUCAAGUUUGACAUCUAGCAAGCUAGUGGUAGGAAAUGCGUUGGUUGUAGUGUUGUAAAAAUACCGUACUAUCUGACAAAACUGCAGCAAAAUGACGAUGAGCGUUCACCAGAUCUCUCAACAAAUAAUGGUACAAUCCCUCUCUCGUAGCAUACUGUUCCCGAUGCGAAGUCUCAUGGCCAGUCCACAACCUGACUGGCUGGUUGCCUCCAAUACUGCGCAACCGCUCUCACUUGCCAAACAUUUGCAUCUUCUUUAGAAGUUUCGUGGACAUACCGUACUGGACGCUAAUCCCGUGGACGAAUCAAUCGUACAACUAACUGUACUUCUACGCUUGGGCCUCUCCUGGCUUCGUCAAAUCCAAGUGUGGUAAAGUUGUCUGCUCUCUGUCCAGUUGUAUCCAUCCCAGAUGGUUGUGGCUGGUAUCAUAGCAAGAUCUCUGUCGAUCCUGUCGAAUGGCAACAAAAAAUGGAGCUGGUCCUGAAGCACAGCAGACAUCCAUGCAUGCUCAUUUUGUUCGAAUGCAUGGUAUUCGUUCUUUCUGGUAACCUUGGGGAACAGGCAGUCCCUGCUGGUUGUCGCUGUAGCAUGAUUUGAAACCGUAAUGGUGCAGGAUAUGUCAAUGGAAUCAUGAGCCGAAUCGAAUCAGACUCAAAAGGUUCCUGUCGGCGUACCAGUACACGACAGUACCUCUACGCGUACCUUUCGUUGUUACGAUUUCUAAUAAUACCAUGGCUUUAUGUUGCGCCUUGAGGUGUUGGGCAGGGCGACAAAUUUGUCUUCUUUUUGAACUGAAAGCCUGUUGAAGCAAGCGGUAGCUCAUAUUGGCAAUGAAACAAGUGUGGGUCGGGUGCAACUUCACUUGGCUAUGUGCAAUCAAAACUUAUUCAGUUACCCCUGACCACCGGACGGUAGGCUGCCAUCGUCUGGUACCAGUACCUACCGGUAGGUAUAUUCACAAAAGAUACAGCAAUGCCCUCAGAUGAUUUGGUUCCUAGCGGUGCAUCCAAGCUAGC